AUGAGCUCCAGAAUCAGCAUCAAGACUACAUUUGAGCCUGCCAAGACAAUCGAGCCUAUCUACACGGGAGGAGAUGUGUCGCUUGACAGGAGUGGACGACUUCUAGCCAGCUGUGUAGAAGAAGAUGUCUUGAUUUUGAAUAUCCAAACCGGAGAAAGAGUGUUCAGGGUCGAGAACGAUGGCGAGGCAAUCACUAGUCUGGCACUAUCGCCAUCUGCUUCACAUCUUGUGGUAUGCUCAAGAUCGUUGUCCAUGCGAAUAUACAAUCUGAACAGCCCAAAACCAGAGCUCCAAACAACCCUAAAACCACACACCACCCCAGUCAUCACGUCUACCAUUGAUGCUACGGGCACGCUUCUGGCGACCGGAGGUGCAGAUGGAAGCGUCAAGGUGUGGGAUAUCAAAGGCGGAUUCGUCACCCAUACCUUUCAUGGUCAUGGAGGCCUCGUCUCAGCGCUUUUCUUCUUUCAAAUUACUUCUGGACCGAUGUCUAAACCCAAGGCCAAGCGGAAAAGUAUCGAGGCAGAUCACGCAUCGAUCGAUGCUCUGAGCUUCUUCCUCGCUUCUGGUGGCGAGGACGGGAAGAUUAGGAUAUGGAAUCUGCGGACACGCAAGUCUGUUGCAUCUUUGGAUUCGCAUGUUUCUGUGGUUAAGAGUCUUGACUUCUCCGAACAACAGCAGACCCUACUAUCUGCCGGCCGAGACAAAACGAUGAUUUUAUGGGACUUCAAGUCUUGGAAACCUCGCAAAGUGAUUCCAGUCCUUGAAGUUGUGGAGGCAGCAGGAUUCGCUUCGGACGGAAAGUACUGCUAUAGUGGGGGAGAGAAUGGUAAAGUUCGAAUAUGGAGCACCUCUUCAGGGAAAGAGGUUACCAAGGAGCAGAUAGCUGGCAGUGAAAGUGACUCGAUUGUCAGCAUACAAUGCGGGCCAACUUUUCUCCUAUCAGUGCAUCUCGACCAAACAAUCCAGCUCCAUAAUCUGCAGGUGCUCGACGAUGUUGUUCCUGGAACUUCAAUCGAUCCAUUACCCCUGAUCCGAAGGAUAUCCGGUAAUCACGACGAGAUCAUAGAUAUGGCCCUGGUUGGACCUGACCAAUCACUGCUCGCAUUAGCUACUAACACAGAAAGCAUACGCGUUGUCUCCAUCGUGGAGUCAACUGCCACUCCAUCUCGCAAUUUCGGUGCCGACGUGGCGCUCUUGUCGGGUCAUUCAGAUAUCAUUAUUUGUCUGGAUGUGGACUGGUCAGGUCAUUGGCUUGCCACUGGUGCGAAGGACAACUCAGCUCGACUUUGGCGACUGGAUCCCUCCACAUCCUCUUACACUUGCUUCGCCUCUUUCACAGGUCAUGCAGAAUCACUGGGCGCUAUUUCUCUACCACGAACGCCGUCGUCACCUCAAGCAGCAUCUGAUCCUCUCAACCACCCUCCAGCAUACCUUAUCACCGGAUCCCAAGAUCGAACCAUCAAACGCUGGGACACUUCCAAGCUGAACAGUUCACCCUCCCCUACUUCUACCCAUUCAAUCUUUAAGUCCCUCUACACUCGUGUUGCCCACGAAAAAGACAUCAACGCUAUUGACGUUUCUUCAACCUCUUCGAUCUUUGCCUCGGCUUCCCAGGACCGAACCAUCAAGAUCUGGGAUCUUGAAUCGGGCUCUGUAGCCGGCAUUCUUCGUGGCCAUAAACGUGGCGUCUGGUCCAUCCGUUUCGCACCAAAGGACACUCCACCAAUUAGCACCGACGCGGGCAGCAGCUCAAAAGGCCUUCUUGUGAGUGGCUCCGGUGACCGUACCGUCAAACUCUGGUCUCUCAACACAUACACCUGCAUCCUCACCUUCGAAGGACACAGCAACAGCGUCUUGAAAACGACCCCGACAACCUCGCAUCAACCAAAAUCCCACAGAAGACCCACCCCAUCAUCGCCUCGGCCUCAUCAGAUACCCUCAUCAAACUCUGGUCUCCCUACACUUCCACCUCCUCAACUUCAACCUCCACAGUCAAUCUCAGACAACCACCUCCUCACCACCCUAGACAACCACACCGAUCGUGUAUGGGCUCUAGCUACCCCCACCACGGUCUCUCAUCCCUCAAACCCUACUCCCAAAUUCUCCAAGUCUCCCCUCUCCUCACUUUCCUCAAUCCAGGAUGCAUACCCCCUCCUCUCCGGCUCAGCCGACGCCACAAUAACCCUCUGGACCGACACCACAACCCGCACCUUCCACCGCGCCAGCGCGGCUCAAACCCUCCGAAUCGAGCAAGACCAAGCACUACAGAACCACAUGCGCGCCCGGAACUACCGAGAAGUCAUCACCUUGGCACUACAGCUCAACCACCCGGGCCGUCUCCUAUCUCUCUUCGAAGACGUGAUCAGCAACAGCGCGCCUUCAGCUUCAGGGGCUGCUGCGGACAAGCAGAAACAAGGAGGAGAGGGUGGGGAGAAGAGCAGUAUCAGCGGCAGCAGCGAAGUCGAUGAUGUGCUCGCCCAUCUGUCCCAGGCGCAGCUGUACGCCCUGCUACUGCGGGUAAGGGACUGGAACACAAACGCCCGCACCGCUCCCGUCGCACAACGCAUCUUACACAUCAUUCUGAAAUCCUACCCGGUGAGCGCUUUCGUGGACAUGGCGCGACAUCAGCGUCCCUAUCACGGGGACCUCGCUGCCUCCGCCGCCGGAUAUUCAGUGGUUGCAGAUCCAUCAACGGCGGGGAUCCGUGGUGCGGGGGGUGGUGCUGGCGCGCGUGCCGGCGCAACCGCCAUGAAAGACCUCCUCCGCGCUCUCGAAGCGUACACGGAGCGCCAUCUACGGGGCGCAUGGAGGAUCUGCUGGACGAGAGCUUCCUGA